CUCAUACAGAAUAUGCCAGGCUUGAUUGAUCAACUUGACAGCCUUAUUGGCGACCUUCUCGCCGGUUCCAAUGUCUACACUUACGGACUUCUCGCUGCUAUAGUGGGUUGGAUUGGCUGGACCAUCUUCGACAUUCAGGACGCCGAUACUCACCCUCUUUUGCUAGCAAGACAGGCCCAGGCUUCUUAUGUACGCAAUCAUGGGGAGUCCGCCGCUUUUAGAAGCCCCGAAACACCUCAUGGCUAUGCUCUUCGAUCCGGCCUUGGAGUGAAACCUCCUGGCGCGCCCAUGUACACAGCAGGAAGGGAUGGCGACCUCCGAGAUAUCUGGCGCCGAGUGAUCGGAGAGAUUCCGUUGGAGAGAGGUCAGUCCUCGAGCGGCACAGCAAACAUCAUCAGCGUCUUCGGCAAGGAUAUUACCGACCACAGUAUUGCCGACGUCACCAAGGAAAUAAAUGUUAUCGGGAAGCAUCUGCAGGACCAUGGGGCGAAGAGAGUUGGCCUCUAUCUUCCCAACGGUGUUGACUUCCUGGUGGCCCUGUUCGCAGGAGCGUUUUAUGGCUUCAGCCCGGUUCUCAUCCCUUACAAUCAGCCUCAUCCGACCCUCAUCGAGCUCCUCAACCGUGCCAACGUCGAUACUGUUAUUUCCAGCGCUGGGGCCCUCCCUCUUGAAGAUGUCAGGAAAGGCGUCCCUGGACUUCGGAACAUCAUCUGGACAGUUGAAAAGACGAGCAGGCAUAUGGAUUGGAAUGAGGUUCCAGAGGGCAUUGGGGGCAAGAUCGAUGUCUCGGUAUGGCAUCAACUCGUGCAGGAUCACAAGAGCGAGGCUACAAGCCUGCCCCAAGAUACCAGCAAAGCACCCAAUGUCGUCUUUCUCUGGCAAGAAGCGAUUGGAAAACCUGCCGAGAUUAUCGAGCUCACCCAGCAGAACAUAGCCGCCGGUACGGGUGCAUUGAUUAGCGCUUUGCCCGCUGCUCAUCGCUUCAACUCUUCGGACACUUUUCUUCCUGCCGACAGCUUGACCGAAUCGUAUACUCUAUGCCUGACUCUGGCCGCGCUGUACUUGCAUGCAAAUGUGGUAGUCACUUCGGUCGCAGGUCCAGGUGUUGAUCUCACUCUGGCAACCCGAUCUAUCGCACCUACCAUCGCAGUCGUGUCUGCUGCAACCGCCGCUAAGCUUCACAGCACUACUGCCACAUCCGUUACGGGGGGUCUCAAGAAACUUGCUCACUCGGCAGAAACUCGUGCACUAGCUUUGGGCCGCUUACCAACCGACAGCUUGUUCUCUCGACUUAAUGCACCUACCCGAGCUGAUAUUGGAAGCACGCCCGGCAAGCUACGACUCCUCUUCGUCGCCGAGCGAGCUGGACUCAACACACCGCCGCUCACCUCGGAAGACCUGUCCGACCUUCGUAUCUACUCAAAAGCUCGAGUCAUAUAUGCCUUGACUGCAGGUGCAGUCGCAGGGGCAGUGACGCAAACCAAUCUUUACGACUACCGCAGAGAAGCUACGCCUUCGACCAAGCACAGUCAUUUCGGUGUGCCCCUGAGCUGCCUGGAAGUCAAGCUGAAGGACACGGCCUCGCACAAAACCACGGAUGAACAAGCUGUAGGGGAGAUAUUGGUCACUGGAGCUUCUGUGGCUGGUGGAGAGGCGGCGCUUGGGGUCAAUGGCACAUUCCGCGAUGACCACACACUGGCGUAUAUUUGA